CCGAGAAAUGACGUUCCUCCUACAGAACUCAAAAUCCAGAUCAACUCCAACAAAUAACCAUAACCAUGUCUACCAUGAAAGCAGUCGACGUCAAGGACGGAAAGGGUCCCAAGGAGAACCUCCACAUCACCGAUAUCGAAAAGCCUGAGCCCAAGGAGGGUCAAGUCCUCGUCAAGGUCAAAGCAUUCGGCCUGAACCGUAUGGACAUCCUCCAACGCGAAGGAAAAUACCCCCUCCCGCCCCAAGCCGGCCCAAUCCUCGGCGUCGAAUUCGCCGGCGACAUCGUCGACCUUCACUCCUCCGUCUCCUCCUUCAAGAAGGGUGAUAAAGUCUUUGGACUGGCGUAUGGCGGGGCGUAUGCCGAGUACAUCGCUGUGAGUGCGAAGAUGAUUAUGCACAUUCCUGAUGAGUUGAAUUAUAUCAAGGCGGCGGGAAUUCCGGAGGUGUGGUUCACGGCUACGCAAGCGCUGCAUAUGGUUGGGGAGGUUAAGAAGGGAGAUGUGGUGCUUAUCCAUGCUGGUGCUUCUGGUGUUGGGUUGGCUGCUAUCCAGCUCGCGAAGGCGGCUGGAGCGAGUAAGGUCUUCGCCACGGCUGGAACGGACGAUAAGUGUCGUCUUGUCGAGAAGUUGGGCGCGACGAGGGGUAUCAACUACAAGACUGAGGACUUUGCCGAGGUGGUGCUGGAGGAGACGAAGGAUUCGCAGACACCCGGUGCGAACUUCAUCUUGGAGUUCAUUGGGAAGGAUUAUUGGGCGAAGAACAUGAAGGCUGCUGCACGGGACGCACAAAUAGUUUUCCUGGCCUUUAUGUCUGGCAAUAUCAUUCCCGAUGCUGAUAUCGGACCCAUCCUCUACAAGAGGCUGAACAUCCGGGGAAGUACGCUUCGCAGUCGUGAUGCGGAGUAUCAGGGCAAGUUGCGUGACCGUGUAUGGGAAUUCGCAGUCCCGAAGAUCAAGACGGGAUGGAGUCGAACUCGAGUGGCGGUGGGAAGAUUAUUUGCACGAUUGACGCCUAGACCACUUCUCCAAAUACCUCAAAUAAGAAUCAUUAUUUUUUCCUCUAUCAUACAUUUCCCCGAUUUCGGGCAAGUUUAUUUAGCAUCAGGCUGAGCUUUGACGUAGGCAAUGGCCUCGGCAACAGUAGUGAGAGCAUCAGCGUCCUUAUCCGGCAACUCAAUAGAGAACUCCU